AUGCAAAAUAACAAGUGGGAUAUUAUUUACUCAUCAUUAAGUAGAUUGAAAGGAAAUGAAAGGGAAAUUCCCUUUUCAUUAAAUAUUUUCAAUUCGAGAGAAGACAUUGUCAUGAUGUUAUUGUUCAUUGAGAAAAAUGGAUCAACUAUUGGAUGUAUUGUAUUAAUUAAUAAAUUAAUAAAAGAGUUAAUAGAACAUAAAGAGGUUGUUGAACUUUUUGACAACCAAUUAUUUUUCCAUAUACUUCAACUGAGAAAGAGUUGUAAUAAUAAAAUUGUUUGCUCUUUAUUAAAUAAAUUAGAGAGUGUUAUCAUUAUUAUACAAUUUGUUAGAUAUCACAUGAGUAUAGAAGUAUGGAUGAAUUCAUUAGGACAUUAUUUUGGAAAUGAAAUAGACUUAGAAGUAUGGAAAUGUUUGAAUGAGAUUCAAAAUAUUUUUCUUAAGAAAACACUUCCUUUUCAAAGUGUUUAUCAAAUUAAAACUGAAUUACUCUUUCCGAUGACGUCAUAUUAUUCCACUCUUUUGAGUCAAGGAAGGAAUGGUAUUAUUAGAUUUAAUAUACUUUCGUUAUUGAUUGAAAUAAACAAAGAGGCAGAGAGUGAUGACAAAUAUUGGGAUCUUAUAAAUGAAGAAAUAAUUCUCAAUGCAUUUGAAUAUUAUUACGAAAGUGAAGAUAUUUCAAUCUUUGAUUUUAUCUCAAACUUUUGCGAAGUCAAGAGGAUGACUAUUUCAAAAAGAAAAGUUUUUGUUAAGAAUUUUAUUAAAGCAAGUUCUCGACUAUUAAACAAUUAUUGUUUUAAAGACAUACAACACAUUAAAUAUAUUGUCAGAACAUUGUAUAAAUUCUUAACAUGUUUUACCUUAUUAGAUAAUCAAAUAGAUUAUCUAAAAUCGUUAUAUAUAUUUACUAUUCAAUAUGUUCAAUUAAAUAACUUUGAUAUUAUUUAUUAUUUACUUCUUACUUGGAAAAGAUUAAUUGAAAUAACAUCAAUACGUUCCUAUCCUUUAGACCAUUCAUUUAAACAACCAUUAUGUGAUGUUAUAAUAAAAGUAUUUCCUCAUAUACAAUCUCUACUUAAUGGUUUAAUAACAUUAGAUUUAAAUAAAGAUAAUGUUGAAACUGAUGAUACAACAACAAUUAAUGACUUUUAUGAUUCAAUUGGUGUCAUUUGUAAAUUUUGUUUAAAUAAUAUUCAACCACAUUUACUAAUACAGCUCCAUCAUUGCAUUAAAUCAAAUGAUAUCUCAUCUUUUCUUAUUUUACUUCAAAUAAUAAAUAAAAUUAUUGCAAAUUCUGGUAUAAGUAAUAAAGAAGAGGAAAUUACUGAUAUAAAAGAAUCUGAACUUAUUCAAUCAAUUCUUUCUAUAUUAAACCUUACAAAUAUAACAAAUUUUGGUGAUAAUGGAUCUAUUUGUAUUAUUGAAUUUUUAAAAGAGUUAAGGGGAAUUGCGUUAAACAGAAGUAAUGAGAAAGGAUUACAUCUUAUUGAUUUUGGAAUAAACUCAUUGACAGAUUUUUGUUCUCAGUCAUUACAAAUAACUGAAUUAAUCACUAGAAAAUGGAGUGGAAAUAAACAAGUUUUAAUUAAAGUAUUUGAGUGGUAUGAAAUAUUAUUAAAAACAACGGGAACAUUUGAAGAAAUAAGAAAAUAUUUUUAUCAACAAAAAAUUCUUGAAAAGUACAUGACUAUUACUUGUAAAUGCAAAGGAAGUUUAGAAGAAAAGAAAGAAUUAAUUACAUUAAUAUUUAAAGUAGUUUCUAAAGUAUUGAUUACAUAUAAAAAUGAUAUGUCUUCUUCUUUAGAAUUUAUUGAAUCAAAACAAUUAUUUGAAUUUCUUCAUUUAAUGAUUUGUAAUAAUUUAACAGAACAAGAGUUAUUUAUUAAUUGUAUUGGUUGGAAAUUAUUAUUAAAAGAUUGUAAAACCUCUUCUCAACAAAAUAUGAUGACAAUUCAAUCAUUUAUCAUUGCAAAUAUUAUUCCAUUAUUGUUUAAAUGGUAUUCAUCUUCAAACAAUCUUAUUAAAAAAGAAAUCUUUCAUUUUGUAAAACAGUUAGUUCAAUUAACUCAAAUCCCAUCUGAAUGUGAAUACCAAAUUCAAAUAUCACAAAAAGUAAUCAACAAUUUUAUAUAUCCAUUACUUUCAGACCAAAAUAAAUCUAUGGAUGAAGUUAAAUCAAUAAUAAAAAUAUAUGACACAUUAUUAUCGUCUCAUUAUUAUGAUAUUUCUUAUUCAUUAUUCUACCAUGAUACAAUAAUUAUUCAAUGUUUUAAAAUUAUUCAUUAUUAUCUCCCUAAAAUUAUUAGUGAUUCAAUGAAAAUGAAUAACACUCUCAAUAGAUUUAUUAAUUUAACAACACAAUUCAUCUCUAAAAAAAUUAUUCAAUUUGAUACUCUAUUUAUAUUUUCUCUCUUUGAGUUAAUUACACUAACAUAUAACAAACAUUUUGUUCAGACAUAUUCUUUAAAUAAAUUAUUAAAGGUACUAUUCAUUUUCAUUCGAUUUAAUGACUCUUCCUUAUUUAAUACUUCUCAAUGUAUAACAUUUUCAGAAAAUAUUAUAAUUCAGUCAAUCUCUAACGCAGCAGAACAUUAUGAUAGUUUAUAUUCAGAACUUAUUCAAACAAUAAUAACUUAUUACCCUUCUUUAUUAUCACAGUCAAUCUCUAUUCAAUCUUCAAUCCCAUCUGAUAAAAGUUCUAUAUAUAGAAGAAUGGUUACUGAAUUAGAACAAAGACUGUUAAAUAACAAUAAAACCUUUUCAUACUCAAGUUGGCUUUACUCAUUUAUAAAUGCCAUCUACCCACCAUCUAAUGAAUAA